CACCACAACUACCUACACCCAACAAAACAGCAAACCGAAGAAAAAAGAACAAACUUGCAUGCAUUGCCUUUGUUCAUCGAUCGUUUGAUUUGUUCGCGAUCGUUUUGUAAUGAGAAAUAUAUCGAACAGCUGAUGCGCUGCGCGUCGCAUCGCUCCAUCUAUCGGAGGAAUCGCCUCGCGCCGCCGACGCCGCCGCACCGUCGUGACGUCGUCGUAGAGGGGCUAUCUCGCAAGCGCGGGCGGCAAUGGCGGACGGCGAUGGGCCGGGGAGCACGAAGCUGAUCAUCGGCGGCCUGGCGGUGCUCCUGCUGGUCGUCAUGGUGAUCGGCACGGUGGCGGUCGUGUUGAUGGACCACGCCGCCGACGACGGCGACCUGAACAAGCGCGGCAUGAGCUCGACGACGCGCACCGUGGACCUAUUCUGCGCGCCCACGGACUACCACGCCACGUGCAAGGACACCCUGGCGCGCGUCCUGGCGCGCUCCUCCGACCCGGCCGACCACCCGCACGCCGCCGCGGCGGCGGCCAUCACGGCGGUAGAGCGGGAGCUGGCGCGCGGGUUCGAGCGGUCGUCGGUGCUGGAGGCGGUGCGGGGGAGCAACGACACGCUGGUGGUGGAGGCCCUCCGCGACUGCCGGAUGCUGCUCGACGACUGCCGCGGCGACGUGGCCCGGGCGCUCACCAGCGUCGCGUGGCGUGGCGUCGACGGCCCGGCGCAGGACCUCCAGGUGUGGCUGAGCGCGGUGAUCACGUUCCAGGGCUCCUGCGUCGACAUGUUCCCCAAGGGCCCGAUCAAGGACCAGGUCAGGGACACCAUGGAGAAGGCCCGCGAGAUCUCCAGCAACGCCAUCGCCAUCAUCCAGCAGGGCGCCGCCUUCGCCGCCAUGCUCGACCUCCACGCCAGCGAGAGCCACCCCGACGGCAACGAGGUCAACGUCGACGUCGACGACAGCCACCACGACGAGAACCGCCACCUCGAGGAGUUCUCCUCCUCCUCCUCCUCCUCCCCCGUCCCGACGUGGGUAGGCAACGAGGAACGGAAGCUGCUCGCCGCCGGCGAGGAGUUCGUGUCCGGGCUCACGCCGAACGUGACCGUGGCCAAGGACGGCAGCGGCGACUUCACCAACAUCUCGGCGGCGCUGGACGCCCUGCCGGAGACGUACAUCGGGAGGUACGUGAUCUACGUGAAGCAAGGCGUGUACGAGGAGACGGUGAACAUCACCAACAGGAUGGCCAACAUCACCAUGUACGGCGACGGCUCCAAGAUGUCCAUCAUCACCGGCAGCAAGAGCAUCGCCGACGGCACCAGGAUGUGGAAGACCGCCACCUUCGCGGUGGACGGCGACCGGUUCACGGCGAUGAGGCUGGGGAUCAGGAACACGGCGGGGGAGGAGAAGCAGCAGGCGCUGGCGCUGCGGGUGAAGUCGGACCGGAGCAUCUUCUUCAACUGCCGGAUCGAGGGCAACCAGGACACGCUCUUCGCGCAAGCCUACCGCCAGUUCUACCGGAGCUGCGUCAUCUCCGGCACCGUCGACUUCAUCUUCGGCGACGCGGCCGCCGUGUUCCAGCGGUGCGUGCUGCUCGUCAAGCCGCCGCUGCCCGGGAAGCCCGCCGUGGUGACCGCGCACGGCAGGCGCGACCGGCAGCAGACUACCGGCUUCGUGGUGCAGCACUGCCAGGUGCUCGCCGACGAGCAGUUCUCCGGCAACCGGUCGUCGUCGUCGUCGUCGCCCUCGCCGUCGCCGGCGCCGCCGCUGGCGUACCUCGGGCGGCCGUGGAAGGAGCACGCGAGGACGAUAGUGAUGGAGUCUGUCCUGGAAGGGUUCGUGCACUCGCAGGGCUACAUGCCAUGGGAAGGCAGGGACAACCUCGGCGAGGCGUUCUACGGCGAGUACGGCAACACCGGCGCCGGCGCGAACUCCACCGGCCGGCAGGAGCUGCACGGGUUCCACGUGCUGAGCAAGGACAAGGCGAUGCAGUUCACGGUGGGGCACUUCCUGCACGGCGCCGACUGGAUACCGGAGAGCGGCACGCCGGUGACGCUAGGGUUCUUCGGCUGAUCGAUCCAUCGACUGCAUGCAUGCGCACGUGUGCUGUGUAUUUGUACGGGAACUUGGUCGGAAUGUACGUACGUACGUACGGUGCAUGGAUGCGUUGCUAGGUGAAAGGGGGUCGAUUUUGUAAAGCAAGUAUGUGUACAAAUUAAUGGUUACAUGUGGAGAUCGAGCAAGCAGAUACGCAUUUUAUCCAAGCAGUGUUACAUAUGGCCAUGCAUAUUUUCACAUCUUAGGCAAUGUUUAGUUAAGAAUUUAAGAUAUUGAAACUUUUACUGUCGGUUUUAUAUUAUCAUAAAAUUGCAAAAUCUAUAAAAAAAGUCUAU